AUGACUAAUUCAAAUAAAAGAAAGGUGAAUACAAAAGUUUCUGAAAAUGAGAUAAUACAAAAAAUAGAUUCAAUAAAUUUAAAAGAAGUGAAAGAUGCAUCUGCUUCUAUGAAUUAUUAUACUAAUUUUUUGUCAUUGAAAUUUAAAAAGAAUAGAGAAGGUAUUAUUUAUUCUAUGCAACGAAUGAAAUAUUUAGAAGGUAUUCUAAAAAAAUUAAAUAAAGAAUUAUUAGAAGGAAAUAAAGAAUUAGAAAAAUUGGAAAAAUGUAUCAAAGAUUCCGAUAAAGUUAAUACAUAUCUUCAGAAAGAAAUAAAAAAAGAAAUUGAUAAAGGAAAUAUGUAUAAGAGUAGAGUAUCUCUUUUAAAAAAGAAUAAAAUUCGAAUAAUAAAAGCUCAAGAUAUUCUUGAUCAAGAUAUAUAUUAUAUGGAAUCACGAAUAAAUAUGAUGAAACAAAAUGCUGAUGUGAAUAAUAAAAAAGUUCGUAAAAUAUUAAAUGAUAAAGAUAAAAUGCAUGAAGAAAUGGAAAAAUUUAAAAAAGAAAGAAAAUCCUUACAAUAUCAUUUGAAUAACACAAAACAAGACCAUGAAGUUUUAAAAAAUAAAAUGCAAAAUUUUAUUUUAAACAUGAAAAAAUCAAAAACAGAAGACGAAAAAUUAAUAAUUAGAAAUAUCAGCAGUUCAUAA